CUCGCCAUUUUGAUAAAGUCGCUCGCGCACACUGGAAACGAAUCAGUUAAAGUUGAAGCUGCAGGAACGAAAGCAUCUAAAACAGCGACAACCAGAGACCAAUUCUGGAUCACAACGACCAUCACUCAGUUGUCAGGAGUUUUGAAAAAGAAGAUUCAACGAUGACAAUGAGUGGAUGUCGCGUCUUUAUCGGCCGCUUGAGCCCGCACGCCAGAGAGCGAGAUGUGGAGAAGUUCUUCAAAGGAUACGGACGGAUCCGGGAAAUCAAUCUGAAGAAUGGAUUUGGCUUUGUGGAGUUUGAUGACCACAGAGAUGCAGAUGAUGCCGUGUACGAGUUGAACGGCAAAGAGUUGUGCAGUGAAAGGGUCACUAUCGAGCACGCUCGCUCCCGGAGAGGAAGAGGUGGCGGUCCCGGAGGAAUGGGGGGGCGGUUCGGCGGUGGCAGCGACCGUAACGGUGGUGGUGGAGGGGGAGGAGGUGGAGGCGGCGGUGGGGGUGGAGGCGGCGGCGGCGGAGGCUACCGGCAAUCUCGCAGCAGUGGUUCCAGACUGGACAGGUAUGGCCCUCCAGUGCGGACGGACCACAGGCUCAUAGUGGAGAACCUCUCCUCCAGAAUCAGCUGGCAGGACCUCAAAGACCUGAUGAGAAAAGCAGGUGAAGUAACCUUUGUGGACGCUCACAGGCCCAACAAAAAUGAAGGAGUGGUGGAGUUUGCCUCCCGCAGCGACAUGAAGAACGCCAUCUCCAAACUGGACGGCUCAGACCUGAACGGGCGCAAGCUCAAGAUCUUUGAGGACAGCAGGAGUCACAGUAAGAGCCGUUCCCGUUCCCGCAGCUACUCUCGCUCCAAGUCCCGCUCCAGGAGCCGCAAUCGCUCCAGGAGCCGAUCCCGUUCUCGCUCCAUGAGCCGAACCCCGGAGAAGAAGGCGUCAGGCGGGGGCCGAGCCUCCGGAAGAUCCCCCUCCAGGUCCAAGUCUCGCUCCAAGUCCCGCUCCAGAUCCCGUUCUCGUUCUGCCCCCCGCCGAUCCCGCUCUCCCGCCCGCCGUUCCCGUUCUCCCGCCCCAAGAUCUCGCUCUCCCCCUCCCAGAUCCCGUUCUCCUGCCCCCAGAUCCCGUUCUCCCGCCCCGAGAUCCCGUUCUCCCGCCCGUUCUCCUGCCCCCAGAUCCCGUUCUCCCGCCCGUUCUCCUGCCCCCAGAUCCCGUUCUCCCGCCCGUUCUCCGGCCCCGAGAUCUCGCACUCCCCCCCCCAGAUCCCGUUCUCCCGCCCCAAGAUCUCGCUCCCCCCCGGCGCCGGUUCCUAACAAACAGUCCCGCUCUCGUUCCAGAUCUCGCUCACGUUCCCGCUCCGCCUCCGCUGACAGCAAACACUGAAGGGGGGGGGGCAUGAAACAGACUCUCUCCACAGGCCUGUAGAGGGCGUGUCUUUAUCUUUAUUUUUAAUCAUUGGCUAUUUUUGUUAGUUUGGAUGUGCUUCCACAGGAAACAUGAAAUUCCCGCCCUUUUUUCAAAUCCUCUCCUAAUUUGAUGAAAUCCAGAGCGACAGAAAACACUGAUUCUCCGUCGGCCAUGUUUGAUUCCAUCCACCCCCCUGUGCGUUCAGACGUUAGCAGGGAUUCAUUACUCCCUGAAAAUGUUGAUGCGUGUUUUUUGUGUGUAACGUGAGCUCCUGGCAUUGCCGUGAAACUGUGAUUCUGACACGUGUUACGUUCACUGACCUGUUGUGUGAACGUCAUUGUGUUUUAUUUCUUGUGUAAUGAUCAUUCAUUCGUGCUGAAUCAGGACCUCUGCGUCUCCGUUUUACUUAUUUUAUCUGCAGCCUCGGCCUGUGGGGCGUUUAGUUGAGCAGGAAAAAAUGUCUCUGAAUAAGGUUAUUGAUUUGAUACUAAUAAAACACUCACUGCGUAUUGUCAUUACAUUUUUUUUUUAGUAAGAAGGAACAGUGAAUUUUCUUUUAAUACUUUGUGAAUGUUGGUCUGUGCAGUUCUGACAAAUAAAGCUUUCACAAACUGUU